GUUCACUUGGUUUUACGACAUGCUUCCUAUUGUCCAAUCGCGAACAGUUUCAUGUUGCGAGGACGAUCUUUUAUAUUUUAUUCCUUUCAUAUUCCUUUUCUCGUGGGGUUAACUCCACCUAAAAUCGGUUAAAAUGGGACGCCGACCAGCGAGAUGUUAUCGAUACUGUAAAAAUAAGCCGUACCCGAAGUCUAGAUUUUGUCGUGGUGUACCAGACCCGAAGAUCCGCAUUUUUGAUCUUGGGAAAAAGAAGGCGUCCGUUGAGGACUUUCCGUUGUGCGUACACUUGGUGUCGGACGAGUAUGAGCAGCUUAGUUCCGAGGCUUUAGAAGCCGGACGCAUUUGCGCCAACAAAUACAUGGUGAAGAAUGCUGGGAAAGAUCAAUUUCAUAUUCGUAUGAGACUUCAUCCAUUUCACGUUAUUCGUAUCAACAAAAUGUUAUCGUGUGCUGGAGCUGAUAGGCUUCAAACUGGAAUGAGAGGUGCCUUCGGCAAGCCUCAGGGUACUGUAGCCAGAGUACACAUUGGUCAGCCCAUUAUGAGUGUACGCUCCUCCGAUCGGCACAAAGCAGCUGUUAUCGAGGCUCUACGACGUGCCAAGUUCAAGUUCCCUGGUCGCCAAAAGAUUUACGUAUCGAAAAAAUGGGGGUUCACGAAGUAUGAUCGUAUGGAAUACGAGGAGUUGAAAGCGGCAGGCCGUCUUGCCCCGGAUGGUUGCAAUGUUAAGUAUCUGCCCGAGCACGGACCGCUCGAAGAAUGGAAAAAAUUCAGAAAGAUACUUGUUGCAGCUUAAAUAAGCGCGAAACAUUUUGGAUAUUGAAUUGAAUAAAAUACAUAAUCAGAAAAAA